UGCCAGACAUGCAGAGAUGCGAUUCGCCACCUGGUCAUCAGAAGGGGGAAAGGAGAAGAUUAAUUGUGUGUCGUCUGCAUAGCAAUGAUAGGAGAGACCAUGUGAGGUUAUGACAGAGCCAAGUGACUUGGUGUAUAGCGAGAAUAGGAGAGGGCCUAGAACAGAGCCCUGGGGGACACCAGUGGUGAGAGCACGUGGUGUGGAGACGGAUUCUCGCCACGCCACCUGGUAGGAGCGACCUGUCAGGUAGGACGCAAUCCAAGCGUGGGCCGCGCCGGAGAUGCCCAACUCGGAGAGGGUGGAGAGGAGGAUCUGAUGGUUCACAGUAUCGAAGGCAGCCGAUAGGUCUAGAAGGAUGAGAGCAGAGGAGAGAGAGUUAGCUUUAGCAGUGCGGAGCGCCUCCGUGAUACAGAGAAGAGCAGUCUCAGUUGAAUGACUAGUCUUGAAACCUGACUGAUUUGGAUCAAGAAGGUCAUUCUGAGAGAGAUAGCGGGAGAGCUGGCCAAGGACGGCACGUUCAUCGUGGCAUAGGGUUGCUACUUUGAAGAAUUUCAAAUAUUAAAUAUAUUUGGUUUAUUUAACACUUUUUUUUGGUUACUAAACGUCCUCUCACUGUCAACUGUGUUAAUUUUCAGCAAACUUAACAUGUGUAAAUAUUGCCUACCAUUUGUAAGCUGUUAGGGUCUUAACAACCGUUCCACAGGUGCAUGUUCAUUAAUUGUUUUAUGGUUCAUUGAACAAGCAUGGGAAACAAAUCAUACAAAUCUAAUUAACUUCACAGAUCUUCAUUGUAAAGGGUUUAAACACUAUCUUUGAAAGACAGGGUCCUGAAAAAGGGCCGUAUCUUUUAUUUGCUGAGUUUGUUAUUUCAAACUUUCGACUGGUACAGUAUCUAAUCUGCCAUGUACCAAAGGCUUUAUACAGAGUGAAUUUUUAACAGUGCUUUACGAGUUAAACACAACUGGCAUGAUCAGAAUGAAAAGUGGAUACAGAAAAUAUGGGAAAGAAAAUCAUCUCUGUAUUAUCUGACUUCUAUGGAAAUCUGAAAGCUGGGAAUUUUGGAGCUGGAGUUUAUCAUCCACAUAUAGAAUUGGCUGUUUGUCUGUCAUCAUCUGAUGUGAAUGGCAUCCCCAAUCUGUUUUGGCCUUAAUCUGCAGAGAAACAGUAGGAUGAUGGAUGGUGGCUCACUCAACUCAAAGUUGCAUUUCAAAUGGCACCCUAUUCCCUACAUAGUUCGUUACUUUUGACCAGGGAGGGAGAGAGAGAGUAUAGCGAUGCCAUUUGGGUUGCAAACAGAAAUUUGCUUCCCAUUAGGGCAAUCAACAGUUAUUUUCUCUGAAUUAGCUCCCUGCUGGGAAGGAGACCAAUCAGAAUAUCACAUCCCUGCUCCCUCUGUGUGUUUCUCUCUCUGUCUGUCCUGUCUGUCCUGUCUGUCCUGUCUGUCCUGUCUGUCCUGUCUGUCCUGUCUGUCCUGUCUGUCCUGUCUGUCCUGUCUGUCUGUCCUGUCUGUCCUGUCUGUCCUGUCUGUCUGUCCUGUCUGUCCUGUCUGUCCUGUCUGUCCUGUCUGUCCUGUCUGUCCUGUCUGUCCUGUCUGUCUGUCUGUCUGUCUGUCCUGUCUGUCCUGUCUGUCCUGUCUGUCCUGUCUGUCCUGUCUGUCUGUCUGUCUCCUGUCUGUCUGUCUGUCUGUCCUGUCUGUCCUGUCUGUCCUGUCUGUCCUGUCUGUCCUGUCUGUCCUGUCUGUCCUGUCUGUCCUGUCUGUCCUGUCCGUCUGUCCGUCUGUCCGUCUGUCCGUCUGUCUGUCCUGUCCUGUCCUGUCCUGUCCUGUCCUGUCCUGUCCGUGUCCGUGUCCGUAUUGGCAUGGGAAACAUGUGUUAACAUUGCCAAAGCAAGUGAGGUAGAUAAUAUAUAAAGUGAAAUAAACAAUAAAAAUGAACAGUAAACAUUACACAUACAGAAGUUUCAAAACAAAAAAGAUAUUACAAAUGUCAUAUUAUGUAUAUAUACAGUGUUGUAGCAAUGUACAAAUGGUUAAAGUACACUAAGGAAAAUAAAUAAGCCUCUCUCUUUCUGUCUCUCGCUCGCUGUGUGUGUGUCUCUCGCUCUCUCUCUCUUUCUCUCGCUGUGUGUCUCUCUCUCGCUGUGUGUCUCGCUCUCUCUUGCUCUCGCUGUGUGUCUCUCUCGCUGUGUGUGUCGCUCUCGCUGUGUGUGUCUCGCUCUCGCUGUGUCUCUCUCGCUCUCUCUCUCUUGCUGUGUGUGUCUCUCUCUCUCUCGCUGUGUGUCUGUCUCUCUCUCUCUCUCUCUCUCACUGUGUCUCUCUCUCACUGUGUCUCUCUCGCUCUCUCUCUCUCUCUCGCUGUGUGUCUCUCUCUCUCUCUCUCUCGCUGUGUGUGUGUCUCUGUGUCAUUGUGUAAUUGUGACUGGUGCUGUGAAUAUCUACAUGCAUGUGGCUACACCGUACUUAGCAUACGGUAUCCUUUAAUUUUCCUCUGACUUUUAGGCCAUGGCUGUGAUACCAGGGACUAGAGCAAGGGGGCGCUGAAAAGCACUCAUCUUAAUGGGCUACUGACACCAAGUGGCGGCUGGAUCAGAAAUUCUCGAGACCUCGGCCCAUAGAGCAAGUCAUCAGGACGAGUAAUGACACAAGAAGAUGCCAUAGUGCUUUUGCAUCCAAACCGUCUACUUGGAAGAAUUUGUGUAACAUUAAACCUCCACUUGUCAGCUCAAAAUGACAUACCUCAUGGAACACAUUACUUAGAUAGAGCCACAUGCCAGAUGUCGCUGAUCACUAGUGAAGGCAGAGAUUCUGCUCUUUCUAGUCUCAUUGGAGAGGACAGACAGCAGGACUGGAUUGGCGAGGCCAUUGCUCAUCAGGACCACUGAGGAACUGCCCUGAUCUCUGUCACACAAUAACAAGGUAGAGUUACAACCUCGACCAAGUCCUGAUUCUGUAUACUCCCUAUCACUCUGGACAAAACAGUUCAAAGGUCUCUCCACCUACACUACUGCUCUCCCUGCAGCAUCCUGCAAGACAUCCAUUCCCUCUCCCUCUCUAUCAGCCUCCCUGGAUAGAGGGUGCCCCUCGGCUGCUUUUAUGAGCCAGUUGUUGGUGGGACAGAAGAUCAUGUCUGAGAACCUUCGGCUCCCCUCCUUCCAGGUGCAGGCCCCCGGCGACUGGGAGACCCAGGAUGGCGACCCAGGAUUGGGAGCCUCCGCCUCGGGAGACAAAGUUGAGGUACCCACCGGGGAUGGUGACCCUUCCGCCCUCUCCGGUUCCGCCACUCCGUCCCUCCGCCGCAAGCGCUUCAAGAUGCGACGCAUGAAGAACGUGCAGAGCGAGAGCAGUGUGACCCCGGCUGUGUCUGUGGCGGCUGCCACGAGGUCAGAGGUCAUGAGUAAGGGCCAUGGGUCACGCUCCUUCUCAGGGGCCAUGGAGUACCUUCAGCUGCCGUCCAUCGAGAUAACGCCAAUCAGUGACGAGGACGCGGCAGCCACCUGGUCCAACUGCUCCACACCCAGCGCUUCGCCGCGACGCAAGCGCUUCCUGCUACGCCGUUGGCUGAACGUGCGAGAGAGGAAGGAGCACAGCAGUGAGAGCAGCAGGGAGAGCAGCCUACAAAGCAGCCAUGAGGAGGACUCUGCUCACUUCUUGACCCCUCAUAGCCGGGAGGAGAGCACUACCAGCAAUUCGAACCGGAGCACGCCUGCUUGCUCGCCCAUCCUGCGCCAUCGCUCUCGCUCGCCCACACCCCAGCAGAGCUUGGAGCACAGUGGUGAGAACAUGGUGGAGAAGGGCCACUUGGACCCCGCCUCUGACAAGGACAAGUCCCCCUCCACCCCAGAGCAGGUGGUGCAGCGCACCUACAGCCAGUCGGUACACUCCGCCACACGCAGCAGUGGAGGCAAGAACUCCAAGAAAAGCCAGAGCUGGUACAAUGUAUUGAGUCCUACGUAUAAGCAACGCAAUGAGGACUUCAGAAAACUCUUCAAGCAGCUACCCGACUCAGAACGCCUCAUCGUGGACUACUCCUGUGCCCUGCAAAGAGAUAUCCUGCUGCAGGGGCGCCUCUACGUCUCAGAAAACUGGAUUUGUUUCUAUAGCAACAUCUUCCGCUGGGAAACACUGCUGACAGUCCGGCUGAAGGAUAUCUGCAGCAUGACCAAGGAGAAGACUGCCCGCCUCAUUCCCAACGCCAUCCAGCUGUGCACCGACAAUGACAAGCACUUUUUCACCUCGUUCGGCGCAAGGGAUCGGACAUACAUGAUGAUGUUCAGACUAUGGCAGAAUGCUCUGCUAGAAAAGCCUUUGUGUCCCAAAGAGUUGUGGCACUUUGUCCAUCAGUGUUAUGGCAAUGAGCUGGGUCUGACCAGCGACGACGAGGACUACGUGCCUCCAGACGAUGACUUCAACACCAUGGGGUAUUGCGAGGAGCUGCCGGUGGAGGAGAACGACGCCAAUGACGCCACCACCCUCGCCAAGACGCCAGACGUCAAAGGCGACACCAGCCCCCUGUUGUCCCGCAGAGUCUUCCCCGACAACGUCCUGCCCUGCCCGGGCAUCAUCGACCCUCUCCUUUCCUUUGAUUUGGCCACCGUGGACGAUUUCCCCCUGUGUCUCCCUGAUGGCGAACUCCUGACCCUCCAGUUGCCGGGGUUGGACAACCGGAGCAGUGGUCACAGCAGUCCCGCCCCCUCGCCCUCGCUGGACUUUAACGACAAUGAGGACCUCCCUACUGAGCUCAGCGACUCUUCCGAGACGCACGACGAAGCAGGGGAGGUGCAGGCCUUUCAUGAAGACCUGAAUGGGAAGCAGUACAUGAACGAGGUGUACGAGUUCAGCGUUGACAAGAUGUACGACAUCCUCUUCACCGAGUCCACCUUUAUGAGGGACUUCCUAGAGCAGAGACGCUUUUCAGACAUCGUCUAUCACCCCUGGAAGAAAGAGAAAGAGGCAGGCAACCAGACCAGAGAGAUCAUGUACACCGUCUCCCUCACCAACCCCUUGGCGCCCAAGACCGCCACCGUCACUGAGACUCAGACGCUGUACAAGGCCAGCCAGGAGAGCGAGUGCUACAUCAUAGAUGCUGAGGUGAUAGCACACGACGUCCCCUACCAUGACUACUUCUACACCCUAAACCGCUACGUGCUCACCAGGGUGGCCAGGAAGAAGUGUCGGCUAAGGGUAUCCACAGAGUUGCGCUACAAGAAACAGCCGUGGGGGCUGGUCAAGGGCUUUAUCGAGAGGAACUUCUGGAGCGGCCUGGACGAGUACUUCAGACACUUAGAGCUGGAGCUGAGUAAAGUGGAGGUGGUCCUGGUUGAGCCCCACAGACAGUCCCCCAAGGCCAGGGCUCUACGGGCAGGGGCGCUGAGGCGGCGGAAACGGCCCUUGAUCCACCUGCGGCCCCCCCACAUGGACGAGGCCCUCAGCCCCGUCACCACCCCCGAGGACGAGGAGGUCACCCACCACCAUCGCAUCAAACAAGUGGCAGGUUCCACUCAGACCAGACACAUCCCGGACCAUGUCCCAGGGGGCCUAGCGCUCUACAGCGUCUCCAAGCUACUCCUCAUCAUCAGCUUUGUUCUAGUAUUGCUGGUGUUUCUGAACAUGAUGCUGUUCUAUAAGCUGUGGAUGCUGGAGUACACCACACAGAGUCUCACCUCAUGGCAUGGCAUACGACCACAAGAAAGUAAACUGCCCCAGACCCAGAUGGAGUGGGCCCAGCUCCUGGAGUCGCAGCAGCGUUACCAUGACGACGAGCUGCAGAAGUGGAAGGAGAUCAUCAAGUCGUCUGUGAUAUUGCUGGAUGAGAUGAAGGACUCGUUACUAAACCUGCAGAAGGGCAUGGGUUUAAAGGACUUUAACUUUGAAUCGGAGGAGAAAAGGAGUCGAUAUCACUGAGAAACAAUCCCAAGGCCACCAGCCGGGACAUUAUGUGCAAUAUCUAACCAACCAUUCAUUGGAACUCUUGGGCAAAGAACAGAAGGAUGUUCUAUUGCAAGGUGGACAGGGCAACUCUCCCACUGCCCAACUUCUGGCAUGAAGUGACCUCAUCACCAUCAGGGCCGGAGUGGGACGGCAGCCAUCAUUGCAUCAUGUGAAAAGACAGCAGUGACGGUCCUUGUUAUCCUAGGAUCCUUGGGACGUCCCUACCCCAUUGAAGUUUAAAUUUGAAAUCGUUUAAGGUAAGGGUUAAGGUUAGGUAAAGGUUAUAGCGAAAGUUAGCGUUAGGGGUUAAUGUUAGGGAUUAGGGUAGGAACGUCCCAAGGAUCCCGGAUAGCACUAACUGUGCCGUGACCCACCUUGGCCUGAACUCUGAACUUUUUAUCACCUUGUUUUCCGAGAAUGUCGUACUGUAAAGUUUUUUUGUUUUUGGGGGCCACGUGCGGACUGGGAUGACGUGGGGGGCCGGUGAAAGCAUGCAGUUUCUUGUCUCCGUAUGAAGAAAACGAAUUGCUUUCCUGGUGGAGAUGUGUAUUGAAACCUCUGCGUACUCUGUCUCAGACUGGGUAAGGGGUUAGUACAUAGCCUUUUUAGGAACUCUUGGACAAAGUUGUGGAGCUGCAGUAUCCUUUUUUUUUUUACAGACCUUUGGACCCCUGGGAACAGGUUACGACCGUACCGGAAAGAUAAUCAGCAUGCAGUGUUUCAACACAAUCCAUCAUUUCUAGGAUAGAACCACAAAGAAUCAAAGUAUAUUAUAAAUGAAAAUAUAAUUCCGUAUUUAUUUUUUGUGGAAGUCAUUUGCAGUCAGGGCACACUUUUACCAGGCUUCCGUGGUGUAUCAGGGCAGGUUUCCCUGAGAGCUUGUGCCAUGGCUUUGUUAUUCUCUGUUUAAGUGUUUGUCGUUUUCUAAGGCAUGUUCUCUACUGUGUGUAGAGUAGCCCAACCCCUUUUGAUUUGUGGACAGGGGAGCUAGCUAUAGCAGAUAGCAGCAGUGAGAAUAUAUUGGUUGUUACCAUAUAUGGAUGAGAAAGCAGUCUGCUUUUGCAGAGGUACAUAGUAUGUUUUGAUGAUGCAACCCUCUUCCAUAAACAGGGCAUUCUUUGCCCUAGCCAACCCCAAACGCUAUCUCAACGUUGUGCUUAGGUUUUAUCCAAACAUGUCUCCAACCUUAUCCUUCAGGAUGAUUUGUUUUAGGUUAUGGAUACACCUAUUCAUUGUUGCCAAGAUUUGUGUGUCAACUUUUAUGCUAACAUGUAUGUUUUUUCAAUUUGGGCAGUAUUCUUUUCAUCUUUUAUUUGGCCACUUUGUGUUGUAUCAAUUCAUCUGUGGCUAUCCUGUCCUUAGCUUGAAUAGAAUGUACUCAGAGUGUACUGUAUAGGCCUUGGUAUGUUCCCUAAGUGAUUUUACACAUGCAAUGGAGCUUGAAUUUGUCCCUACCUGCGCUACAUAGAUCAUUCAUGUUUUUCCCCCAGUAUUUGUUACCAGCCUAAAUACUGUCAGACAGAGAGAAUAAUGACCAGUGUUAUGAUAAUGUGGAUGUUAUACUCUGUCACUCUAUGAACUUUAAAGUGUUCAGCUUUUAACCCGAGAGGGAGUAGACAUUAUUUUAGGGAGGGUCUUUUUUUCGUAGAGACGUUUACAAAGGGAUACUGAUUAAAACUGUGAAAUUCCUCAUUGAAAAAUAUGCUUGAAGCUGGAAAAAAAGAAUAAUGCAUAUUGUACAGUUCAGAUAUUUAUUGAUUUAUUUAUGUACAGUGUUUACGAAAAAUGUAAAAGAAACGUUUGGGGAAAUGAUCAGUGUUCACCCUCUGCAGACCCAUAUUCAAAUACCAUUUGAAAUGAUUUAAAAUAUUUCAUCUUUGCUUGAUUGAGCUUGUCUGGCUUUGUGGACCAAUAGAAAAGUCCUAAAACUGCAAACCCCAACAACUUGGUAUUCUAGGCUGGCUAAUGCAAACACUCAAAGUAUUUUAAAAAUGUCUAAAAUGUAUUUGAACUCGGGUCUGACCUUCUGUAGUCCUUUGUGUCGUCCCAAAAAUGUCUGCCAUGGGCUAUAUUCUGGCAUAUUGGAUGUGUCAAGUUGACGCUAUCAACCAUUACCACUUUGUGUCUGUCGAUUUUGUCUAAUGAUUUCUACUGUGGCCGAAGCUAUCUCCCGCAUCUGUCUAUGGAAGCAUAUAGCUAUCAAAAUACAUUUUAUUUUCAGAUUGAAUUCUGACUGCUAUAUACGUCCAUAUUUGCCUGCCACCCAUGUAUUUAUCAUUGAUUCUUAUGAUGACUUUGGAAACAAACAAAGCCUUGUUCAAAAGUUGAUUCAGCCACUAACUGGUGUGUUUGAGGGAUUGGUUCACGAUGUGCAGAAAUAACAUUUGAGCCAAAAGAAUGUCAGAAUUGAAAAAUGUUAUGCAUUGGGAUACAAUGCUUUAGCCAUGGGUUGUAUUCAGUAGGAAGCAAACGAGCCAAAACAGGGAGGGACCGACCUGAAUUUGUCAAAUAAGAUACUCAUUUUUGUUUUCAGUUGCAAAACAUUUUGCUGUGGUGUGCACUAAUGAAUACGACCCUGGACUCAUUAGCAUUGCACAGAGAGGGGAUGGGUUCAACUCACGUACAUUCCAAAAAGAGGAGGGUUUCAUCUGAAAGAAGAAGAAAAACAAUAUGGAUUGAUACAGUCGGUAGCAUUUCAUACACAUUUUUGAUUGUGAGUCAUUUACGUUAUUGCAGAAUGAUUUUCCCCGACUCCCUUGCGCUAUGACAUGGUUUAAUGUUACUAAAAUGGCCAUUUGACCUUGUUCAUGUCAAAUUGCCAAAUUUUAAUAAUGACAACGUGACAAUUCAGGGCAGAUUUAUUUGUAAGAGAAAGGGCCCAUGAUGAGAUUACAAUGACCUGUACUGUACUUUACAUGUUUUGCCUGUCUCACCAUGGCAAUCAUUUCUGUUGACGUUGUGGCCCUUAGAAGAGGAGUAGAAAGCGGUCAACCAAUGUGGGACGAUGUGCAACUAAAAAGAGUAUUUGGGAGGAAUAGUAAGGUAUUCUGAGGUAAUAGUAAUCUCUUCCAAAUGACUUGGUGACCCUUAAAGAUAAAACUAUUAAUCUUAUGCAAUACAUGUAUUUAAUGAAUUCACUAACAUUGACAGCAAGCUGCCUUCGUUAGGGUUUCUGAAAAACUUGAGACCCUUGUGGACCCUUCGAUAGUGAAUGCAUGCUAGCUUCCUGUCCCAUUUGUUCUCAUUCACAAUCUGAUGUGUUCUAUGCAUGAGUGCUUUAUAUUGCAGGAAUGCCUCAAAUGGCCCAGAAAAAAAUGUACUCUGUUCAAACUACAUGAAUCUAAUAUAUUGGUAGUUGAAAGCUUGAAGAGUGUUUUUCAAUAGAAUGGUCAGCAAGCAUGUUUGAGUGUCUGAGAAAACAAACUAAAUAUAUUGCAGCCAAAGAGUAGUGUUCUUCAAAAACCUGAAACUGAAAGAGCUUUACUCAUUUGAAUGCUCACAAAGCCAUAGACCUGUUCAUGUUUGCCGAAUUGUAGAACAUUCUAAAUCAAUUCUUAACAAUUUGCAGAUAUUGAGAAUGUGUUAUACUGAGUAUGAGACAUAAAUAGCUAAUUGAAAGGAUGUAUUCUAGAGCUUGUGGUUGUAGUUAUGUUUCCUGACGACUCAAACUGAAUUCAUCCACUGCUCUGUGUUCGCUACAUACUUCAGUCUGAGACUUCCAUCGUUGAAGUCGUUUGUGGUUACGUCAAAAUUAGGGGUGUUGUACCAAACAGUCAUCAGCGAUCGGAUCAUGUCAAACCAAUCAGAUUAUUUUCAAAACGCUGCUUUACCUGUGUGUGUUCUGGCUCUGGCCCAACCUAGGACCAAUUCAGAACAGUUAGCAUUCUAGAAAUCGCCGGGAGAUACUCCGAUCCAGACUCAUUGUGGGGAAGAAACUAUUGUCCGUGGGCGUGGCAUAACGUUUGGCCGGAGCAAGGAGUUUGGGUAGCCAGGUAAAGAAGCCUGACCAAUUCUUUCAAAUCCUUCACUUCAUCACACACACACCUCAGACAGGUGCAAUUUCUUCAGAAUCUUUUCCAUCUCAAACACUGUGGUAUUAUAUCCUCUGUAUCAAUACCAGAUGUUUUUUUUAAAGCCUUCUGAUCUCCGAUAUAUGACUGAAAUAUUCUGCUGAGGGGAGGACGGCUCAUAAUAAUUGCUGGAACUGGAAUGACAUCAAACACAUGGAAACCAUGUAUGAUACCAUUCCAUCGAUUUCGCUCCAGCCAUUACCGUGAGCCUGUCCUCUCGAAGGUGCCACCAACCUCCUGUGUUAUACAGAUAAUAUAUUGUAUUUCUAUGUUGUGUAUCGUUUCAGUGUACACAGACUAGUGAAACCCUUCUGCGCUGGUCGUGGUUUUGGGAACAACUUAGAAAGAAAAAGAUUCUAAAGGCUUUAUUGGUUUGUGGAGGAGAGAUGGAGGAAAUGAAAUAAAGUCAUUCAAAUAUG